CACUUGACGGCAGUGUUUCUUAUGUCGAGGCUGUGGUAAAUAACCGGUUGGCUCUGUACAGCCAAAAUAUUUCCAGACGCUUGGCUCAGAUAGCCACCGCAAAUAUAUACAUAAAUAUAUUUAUAUAUUUGUAAAAACAUACUUACGAGAAUUCUUCACGUAUCGUAUUGUUCGUUUCAGUGCAUGCUGUCAAUGAGACACGUGUUGGCGACUUGCUAGGAAUGAAAAUGAGGAAACGACCAAACAUCCUAUUGACAGGAACCCCUGGCGUUGGAAAAACAACCCUAGGAAAGGAGCUGGCUCAGCGGACAGGGCUCACUUACGUUAAUAUUGGUGAUCUGGCUAAGGAAGGAGAUCUUUAUGAUGGCUAUGAUGAAGAGUACCACUGCCCCAUUUUGGACGAAGACAGGGUCGUGGAUGAGCUUGAAGAGAAGAUGGCAAAUGGCGGUGUGAUUGUAGACUAUCACGGCUGUGACCUGUUCCCUGAACGCUGGUUCCACAUUGUUUUUGUCCUCCGAACAGACAACACUCAGCUGUACACGCGGCUUGAAAACAGGGGCUACACGGGGAGGAAGCUGCAAGAAAAUGUGGAAUGUGAAAUCUUUCAAACCAUCUACGAGGAGGCAAGGGAGGCCUACAAGGAGGAGAUUGUCCACCAGCUGCCCAGCAACACUCCUGAGGACCUGGAAAGCAACGUGGAGCAGAUCCUUCAGUGGACGGAACAGUGGAUGAAGGACCACAACUAGAGUCAGAGAAAACAGCCUGUGUAUGAAAAAUAUACUUGGUGUCAUAAGUACCCUCAAGAUGAUAAUUGCCUUUACAAAUUUGGCAUCACAAGUUACACGCUUGACGGUCAUCGGGCUGCUGAACACUCACACCACACUGGUAUGUAGUCUCACCAUGUAUUUGAUCAUAAAGUAAAUGGAAAAGUACUUCAACAUUCAUACAUGCUGUUUAUCAAUUAAUAUCAUCUAUAGCUAAAAUGGUGUUUUGGAUAAUAGGAAUGGUAAUUGUUUGUUUCAAACAUGCUUUAAAAAAAUGUACAUUAAAGUAUAUCACAUGAUUACAAUUGUACAAUUCAUGUGCCAAAGGUUUAUUUCAUCAUUUAUUUAAUCAUUUGUUGAACAUGUUAAGUAAUAGAUCCAUUAAUAAAUAGAAUAUCACUUAAAAUAAAGAUAAAUGAACAUAUAAAUACAAUCCAUUACUAUAUCUGUCCAGACUUUUGGGAAGUGAAUUAUGAAAUGGUAUGUAGAUGUUAGAUUUUUACUAAAUGCAUUUAUGCUAUCUCAUUUUUCUCCUUUCUUUAAAUCCAUUUGCUCUUCUCUCCCGUCUCUUUUUGUUGUAUGUUUUAUUGUUUGUUUGUUUUUAUUGGAUUUUUGGAAUGUGCAACGGGCCUGUUAAAAAAUAUCUAGGCUGCUAAUGUCCCCUGAGCAAUAAUGUAAUAACGUUUCGACCUAAGGAAAC